AUGUUGAUUCCAUUUGAGGAUGAAGUUAUAUCUGUGGCUAACAUCCAGGCACAACCUCCAGGACAAGUAUUUAAUGUUGAGGCUGAAUUGUCCCUUGCAAGUAAGGAUCAACGCUUUAGUGUGUUGGCAUGCUCAAAUUGUAAGCAAUUGUUCACGAGAUAUAAUGUGCGAAGGGAAAUAUAUUGCACAAGCUGUCACCGAUCCACACAUCUUAUUCCUAGAUGUCAAUUUGAAGUUACUAUUAAGGACAACAGCGGUUUUGCAACAGCUAUUAUUUCAGAUGAAAUUGCAGAGAAAAUGUUGCACCUCACUUCAGAAGAAAUUUAUGAAAUUUGCUUCGUCAAGAAAGAAACAUUAUCCCUCCAAAAUGUGGAAGAUGAAUUGAACGGCAAGAUAUUUAACAUUCAAAUAAAAAGGCUAUUCACAAAAAAAUUGGAUGCAAUGCAAAAAUUAUCCAUUUUGUCUUACUUGGAGAAACAAGAUGUGAUUCAUAAAUCAAUGGCAUCUACGACAAUCAAUAUUACAGAUGCGAAAAAGCGCACAAUUGAACAUCUUAGUUCAGGGGAAAAAGAAUAUCCAAUGUCUAGACACAUUAUCUUUGAUUAUUUUGAAUUGCAGUUGAAACACUUUUGUUGUGAUUCUCGAAACAGUCAUUUUUUGCACUCUUUUGCUGCUGCCAGUGUAUGCCGUGUUUUGCAAGCUUUUGAUGUUGCUAUGUGGAUGCCUUAUGUUCCUGUUCUUUUGCAGAAAUUGAAAAUAUUUUCUCCUAUAAUAGCAGGUGAUUUGAUCAAAGAUGAUCCAGAAAAUCCAAGCAUGAAAGAUGCAUCUGUUUUUGUCUAA